AGAAGAUGCUGAAGCAUUGAUUCGCAAAAUGGACCUAGAAGCUAGGAGCUUACCUCCAAAUGUUAAAGCCACACUUCUUGCCAAGUUAAGAGAAUAUAAGAGUGAUCUGAACAACUUAAAAACUGAAGUGAAAAGAAUCACAUCAGCAAAUGCAAAUCUAGCUGCAAGGGAUGAAUUGUUGGAGUCGGGAAUGGCAGAUGCUAACAUGGUGUCUGCUGAUCAAAGGCAAAGGUUGAUGAUGUCAACAGAUAGAUUGAACCGUUCCAGUGACAGGAUCAGGGAAAGUCGAAGGACAAUGCUGGAAACCGAGGAUCUGGGGGUCUCAAUUCUUCAAGAUUUGCAUCAACAACGUCAGUCUCUCCUGCAUGCACAUGACACGCUUCAUGGAGUGGAUGAUAAUAUUGGCAGGAGCAAGAAGAUACUGACUACAAUGUCAAGAAGGAUGAACAGGAAUAAAUGGAUCAUCGGCACUAUCAUUGCUGUUUUGGUCCUGGCUAUCCUAUUAGUUCUUUACUUCAAGCUGGCCCAUUAGUUUAAUGGAUGGAUUUCAGCAUUUACAUGCUUCUCCUUUGUUACAGAAAAAAUGCAUCUUUGGACACACUGCUUCUGAAUUCACGUAACAGUUGUUGUUACGUCAAUUUGAGGUCCGUGUGGUGUGGUUUGCAAACUUUCAUGUGCUUCUUUCCAUUGUUAUUUUGAGAAUAUUAAAUCGCUGUGUUUGUGUAUUGCACUUGUGUUUGAAUUUUGGUGGCCCUUGUCUGAAAUGAGUAAAAUGUAUUUAAUGUUGUGCACCAA